AUGUGCGGCAUUCUCGCGAUUUUGAUGUCGGGUCUGGACUACGAGCAGUUGCGGCAACUGGCUCUCUCACGCUCUCGACUUUUGCGUCAUCGCGGCCCGGACUGGAAUGGCGUUCAUUUGCAGCAGUGCUCUGCCUCGCUGUUCAAUGUCCUCUGCCACGAGCGACUCGCAGUCGUCGACCCCGCCUCCGGCAAGCAGCCGCUGUUUGACUCAACGAAGAGCAUUGCAUGCACAGUGAACGGAGAAAUCUACAAUCAUGUCGUGCUCAAGGAGACGAUGCUGCCGGUCGAGGAAGUCACCCAGUGGACUACCUGCAGCGACUGCCAGCCGCUUCCGUCGCUGUACAAGUUCCACGGCACCAAGAUGUGCAACAUGCUGGACGGGAUGUUCGCCUUCGUCAUCUCCGAUGGCCGCACAGGCGACUUCCUCGCGGCGCGCGACCCGCUGGGGCUCUGCCCGAUGUACGUCGGGUACGCUUCAGACGGGAGUAUGUGGUUCGCGAGUGAGCUGAAGGCGCUCACGCGCGACUGCGAGCAGGUGACUGUCUUCCCUCCUGGCCAUUUUUACUCCUCGAAGCUCAACGAGGGCAAGGGCGGCUUCGAGCGCUACUACAACCCCUCCUGGUGGGGACUCGAGAGGCCGCUGCCGACUCGGAAGUGCGACUUGAGCCACCUGCGCGAGGCGCUUGAGGCGGCUGUGCGCAAGCGCCUCAUGUGCGACGUCCCCUUUGGGAUGCUGGUCUCGGGUCGCCUCGACUCCUCCAUCGUCGCGGCCAUCGCCGCUCGCGAAUUCCAGAAAAUGUCUGAGAAGGAAAAAGACAGCCACCUGUGGACGCACCAGCUAUAUUCCUUCUCCAUCGGCCUCAAGGGCUCCGCCGACUCCCAGGCCGCCAAAAAGGUCGCAGACGUCUUGGGCACGCAUCACUACGACUUCACCUUCGAGCUGGAUGAAGGUCUGGAUGCUCUCGACGACGUGAUCUACAUGAUCGAGACCUACGACAUCACCACCGUUCGCGCCGCCGUGCCCAUGUACCUCCUGUGCCGACUGGUGAAGUCAAUGGGCAUCAAGGUGGUGCUGACCGGCGAAGGCGCAGACGAGGUGUUUGGGGGCUACUCGUACUUCCGCGACGCGCCCACGCCAGAGGCAUUCCAUCGCGAACUGCAGAGAAAAUUGGAUCUGCUGCACUACUACGGAAUCCUCCGCGCCGGCAAGGCGUCGAUGGCGUGGGGCAUCGAGGCGCGCGUCCCCUUCCUCGACCGCGAAUUUCUUGAGUUCGCCAUGAACGUCGAUCCCGCGGACAAGAUGUGCGCCCAAGGCCGCAUGGAGAAACAGAUCCUCCGCGACGCCUUCAAGGGCUACCUCCCAGACGAGAUCCUCUAUCGGCCCAAGCAGCAGUUCGGCGAAGCUGUGGGCAGCGAGUGGAUUGACGAACUGCAAAAUCACGCGGAGAGGCGCGUGACUGACACGAUGAUGCGGAACGCGCAGGUGCUUUUCCCGACCAACACGCCUGUGACGAAGGAAGGCUACUUGUACCGCAUGAUUUUUGCGAAGCACUACAACAAGGGCAGCGCAGCGCGCACGGUUCACACAGGCCCCUUUGGCGGUUGCUCGUCUGCUCAGCUUGACUGGAAUAAGAAAAUCCAGAACAACGGCGUGGAGUCUGCAGCGCCUAUUGAGGCGCGCGGCAUCCAUCAGCACAGAGACUAA